AUGGCCGUCUCCCCUGCAAUCAAAACUGUGGCCUACCCACGCCCCGACUUCCAGCGAAGAAACCUCAACUGGGCCUCGUUGGAUGACGCAUGGGACUUCAUAUUUGACGAUUCCGAUAGCGGGUUGUCUGAACGAUGGCAGCAAAAGGGACUUCCGGCUCAAAAUGAAGGGCACGGAAAACGCCAAAUUCAAGUUCCCUAUGCCUUCCAGUUUCCCGCGUCAGGGAUUGGCCUCCAUGAAGCCCACGAGGUCCUCUGGUACGAGCGCGUGAUCAGCGAUAUCCGAACAUCAGACGAACAAAGCAACCGCCUCAUUCUGCGCUUUGGAGCAGUCGACUACGAGUGCAGUGUAUGGGUGGAUGGAAAACUGGUUGGUGGUCAUCAAGGUGGCCAUGUCCCCUUUGACCUUGACAUCUCUGAUGUGAUGGUCGGCAAUACGGAAGCUCGCUUGACAAUUCGUGCUCGGGACUCGCCAACCGACCUGACCCAGCCACGCGGCAAACAAUAUUGGGGAUCUGUCUCGGAGUCGAUUUACUACACUCCCACCAGCGGCAUUUGGCUGUCUGUGUGGAUGGAGAGUGUGCCGGCAACGCGGCUGGGCUGUGGUAGCUACGGCACUGUCCUUCGCUCAGAUGAUAUUGCAAACGGCCGGCUCCAUGCGCGGGUUGCAAUUGUCGACAAAGGAAGGGCCACGACCAAAUACCGUGUUGAGAUCGAGGCCUCUCUUGCAGGAAAACUUGUCAGCCGAGCCGUGAGGGACGUUCCGGUCGAUAGAAACUUCGUGCAACUGGACUUGGAUAUGAAGGCUCCCGGCCUACUGCAAUCGAGGGCAUUGCCUGGUUUCGACGGCUGCUGGCGCGAUGAUCUCGCCUUGUGGGAGCCCGAGCACCCAGUCUUGUACGAUUUGACGUUGCGUCUGUACAGUAACGACCAGCUGAUCGACGAAGUUUGCACCUCGACGGGAAUGCGGAGCAUCUCUUGGACCGCAGGAAACGGCACAUUCCAACUCAAUGGAAAGCCGUUCUUCCAGGCACUUGUUCUCGACCAGGGUUAUUGGCCCGAAACUGGGAUGACACCUCCCAGCCCAGAGUCCCACAAGCUUGACAUUGAGUUGUCGAUGGCCAUGGGUUUCAACGGCUGCCGGAAACAUCAAAAAGUGGAAGAUCCGGCCUUCCUCUAUUGGGCGGAUAGACUGGGUUAUUUGGUGUGGGGAGAAAUGGCGAAUGCUUACGAGUUCGCGGACGACGUGGAACGGUUCAACAAUGAGUGGACGGCUGCUGUCAAAAGAGACAUCAAUCACCCAUGCAUUGUGACCUGGACCCCGGUCAACGAAAGCUGGGGCUACACCUCACUGAAUGAUAACAUCGAGCAGCGUAAUCACAUUCGCUCCCUAUAUUAUAUGACCAAGACUUUGGAUCCUAGUCGUCCGGUCAACGACAAUUGUGGCUGGGAGCAUGUGUUGACCGAUCUCACCACGUACCACGACUACGCCGACUCAGCCGAACUCACCAAAACAUGUGCCGAAAUGGAAGGUGGUAUUUUGGCCCCGAAAGCGGCCCAUGACAUGUUCACUCCGCCAAUUUUCCAUGGAUCGAUUCUCGUCGACGAAGGCGCGCAGCACAGACCCGGUGCUCCUGUCAUUUGCACUGAGUUCGGAGGAGUCAACAUUGCCCCCGCGAGCGGCACGACGGCAGGUGAACGAGACUGGGGAUACACCACUGCGAGUGACUCGACGGAUCUUCUUGCCAGAUUUGAAAAGCUGGUCAUGGCUGUGGUGCGCGGGGGCCAUUCCUGCGGACUUGUGUACACCCAAUUGUAUGAUGUAGAACAAGAAGUGAAUGGGCUAUACUCAUAUGAUCGCAGAGCAAAGAUUCCUGCAGAGAAGGUGAAGGCAAUCCUUGAUGAAGCGCAAGCAUACUACUACAAACAUGUUGCGCCCACAGCGACUAGACUGCAGAACAGGCAGAAGAGGCAUUGA